UUUGGACAACGCCCAUGGCGCGGCUGCUUUCUGUCCGGUAAAAGACGCCAUUUUGUCGUUAGCGGUGACGAGGAGAACAGGGAUAUUGUUGGAAAGCAGCACUGAAAAGAUCUGCCACCAUGGGGAACAUGUUUGCAGGCCUCUUUAAGAAUCUCUUUGGGAAGAAAGAGAUGCGAAUCCUGAUGGUGGGCUUGGAUGCUGCCGGCAAAACCACCAUCCUUUACAAGCUCAAACUGGGCGAGAUCGUCACCACCAUCCCCACUAUCGGUUUUAACGUAGAGACUGUAGAAUAUAAAAACAUUAGUUUCACGGUGUGGGACGUCGGCGGUCAGGAUAAGAUCCGGCCGCUGUGGAGGCACUACUUCCAGAACACGCAAGGUCUGAUCUUCGUGGUGGACAGUAACGACAGGGAGCGAGUGAACGAGGCGAGAGAGGAGUUGACGAGGAUGCUGGCUGAGGACGAGCUCAGAGAUGCCGUGCUGCUCGUUUUCGCCAACAAACAGGAUCUGCCGAACGCUAUGAACGCAGCAGAGAUCACAGAUAAACUGGGUCUGCACUCACUGCGGCACCGCAACUGGUACAUCCAGGCCACGUGCGCUACCAGCGGAGACGGGCUGUACGAAGGCCUCGACUGGCUCUCCAACCAGCUGAAAAACGCUAAAUGAUCCAUUCCACCCCAGCCCUCUGCGCUCUGUGUGUGUGUGUGUGUGAGAUUGUGUGUGCGUGCGUGCGUGCGUGCGUGUGUGUGUGUGCGCGUACGGUGAGAAUGGCGGCACUGGAUUUAGUCUCUCGGUCACCCACUUUAUCCAUCCCUUUCUUCUUUUGUUUGGUUCUGUAGACUUUAGAGGCUCUCCCCAGUGCUGACUCGUGUACCCGUAUACCAGAACGGAAGUGCGUGAGAGCGAGAGAGAAACGAGAGUGGGAGCAGCCCUGCUGUGCCUCCGAACACACACACACACGCUCCUCGUACAGCUCGUCUCUCUCUCUCUCUCUCUCUCUCUCUCUCUCUCUCUCUCUUCAUAUCCCUCCUCAUUUCCCCUGUUUUCACCAAGCAAAGAAUGACCCAGGAUGCUGAAUGUUUUAUUUACUUACUCAGAAUAAAGGAAUAUAUUGAAAUAAGUCUCGAUUUCCAUCCUCUGAUGAUAAAACCGUUCCGCAUGUCUAAGAUGUUACGAGUCGUCGUCACCGUUUUUUGCCCCGCUUAUGAUGAAACUCAUUGUAACCUGCAUCAGGUUGGGAGAAAAAAAAAAAAAUUUAAAAUGGAGAAAAAGGAAAAAAAAAGAAAA